CAUUUUGACUUCACAGCUUAUAUCAGCGCAUGAAGCCAAACAAGAAGACGCAUAGAUCAAUAUAUUUAAUAUUUUAUAGAAAUUAAAGGCACACUUGAUGAGUCAAUCUCGUUCAUAUUAUUUAUUCUCAGCCUUUAUCAUUUAUCAAACAACAUCGGCCUUAUUUCCUUCCAACCGUACAACCUGUUCAUUUUAUUAUGAAUCUGAUCGACAGGCUGUGUGUCCCCCUUAUCUGUGAUGACACGUCACGUGCGCAUGAAGCAGGCAUUCGAAAUGACUCAUUUUGUCCAAACCGGGUAAAUCUUUAAAAAGAAAGGGAACUCUAGCUUUUUUCCCUUUUCCCUCUUUAUAUUUAUAUAUACGCAACAUGACCUUAAAGUUAAAACCUACGCUUGAACAAGUUCAGGAGCUUGUAGCAAACGAUGCUGGCAACACAAUUCCUAUUUACGCCGAAUUAGAAGCAGACUUGUUGACACCCGUAUCUGCCUAUCUCAAGGUAGCCGAUCGCUGCGAUUAUUCAUUUCUGUUUGAAUCUGUAGAGGGAGGAGAAAACAUCAGCAGAUAUUCUUUUAUUGGCUCUGAUCCCUAUAAACUUAUCAAAGUGGGUGCUAACGAAACCUGUCAAGGCGAUCCCUUGAUUCCUAUCGAAAAAGAAUUAUCUAGUAUUCGAUAUGUCAAGAUACCCGGCCUUCCUAGCUUUACUGGUGGUGCUGUUGGCUACGUUGGCUUUGACUGUUUCCAAUAUUUUGAACCAAGCAUCAAGGGCGACCUGGCCGAUCCACUCGGCAUUCCGGACGCUAUCUUUAUGAUGUGCGAUACACUUGUCAUUUUUGAUCGUGUACGUCAUGUGGUCAAUGUUGUGUCUCAUUUUAGAAGCGACGUCAAAGAUCCCAAAGAAGUGGAAAGAGAAUACAGAAAGGCGGCCGAAGAGAUCGAGACAACGCUGACACUACUUCACGACGAUCAUAUACCCUCCGUAGCUCAAGGUCCGAUUACGACUCUUGGUCAGCAUGCUAUUUCAAAUGUGGGCAAGGAAGGAUACAUGGGAUUUGUUAGCUCGCUGAAACAUCACAUUAAAGAAGGCGAUAUCUUUCAAGCAGUGCCCUCUCAACGACUCGCGCGUCGUACAGAUUUGCAUCCGUUCAACGUGUAUCGUCACUUGAGAUCAUUAAACCCUUCACCCUAUAUGUUUUACAUGAACCUUAAGGAAUUCACUCUUGUAGGUGCUUCACCCGAGAUGCUGACCAAGGUUCAGGAUCGCAUUGCCUUCACUCAUCCUAUCGCCGGUACACGGAAGCGUGGAAAGACCCCAGAAGAGGAUAAAUCCCUGGCAGAAGAUCUCUUAAAGGAUCCCAAGGAAAUUGCUGAGCAUGUUAUGUUGGUCGAUCUCGGACGUAACGAUAUCAAUCGUAUCUGUAAGCCAGAAACAGUCAAGGUCGAUAAGCUGAUGCAAAUCGAGUAUUACUCACAUGUUAUGCAUAUUGUCUCAAAUGUAUCGGGUGAGCUUCGAGAGGACAAGACACCAUUUGAUGCGUUCCGUGCCAUCUUCCCCGCCGGCACUGUGUCGGGUGCCCCCAAGAUUAGAGCCGUGGAGUUAAUUCGAGGAUUAGAAAAGGAAAAGAGAGGCGUCUAUGCUGGUUCAGUGGGUCACUUUGAUUACUCUGGAGGCAUGGACACAUGUAUAGCUAUUCGUACCAUGCUCUUCAAGGAUGGCGUUGCUUACUUACAAGCUGGAGGAGGUAUCGUAUAUGACUCAGUGGAAGAAGAUGAAUAUCAAGAAACAAUGAACAAGAUGGGAUCCAAUCUCGCGACUAUCGAACAAUGUGAACAAAAGAUUUAUGAACAGCAACAAAAGUGAUUUUAUUAAUAA